GCGUUCGAGAGCAGCGAACAGGCAGCAGCCGCUUUGGAUAUCUUCAACGGAAUCAAAGAGCAACUUUCAAGUUGCCCGGAACGCACCCGUGCCCUCUGCCGGACUGUAUGGGGUACACUCUCGCUGUCCCUUAGCACAGCGCUCCAAGCGGCGAGCAUCGAGGACGCCGCCGGCGGAGGAUCCGGAUUCAGGGGAUUACAGGAUCCAGGGGGAGGCGGCGGAGGUGGAGGAGGAGGAGGCGGCUCCGUCUCCGGUUCCAGCUCAGGUCGCUUUGCCACCAUAAUGGGCGCCGUCAAGUCGAGAACCAUCACCAGCGCCGAUGUGGACGCCGACGAGCAGCUGCAGCAUCCCCAUCCGCACCACCCAUCGAUGCGCAAUGGACACCAGCACAACGGUUCCAUCUCCAGCGGCACGCUGCAGAAGCAGGACCUGCGCUACGACAUCGGCUGCAGUUCCCAGUACCAACACGUCCGACAGCCGAGCUUGCGGAGCCGGAGCCAGCAGCCGAUGCCCACCACGGACGAGCUGGACCGGCGAUUCGCCAAGGUUCUGGCUUCGAUGGAUUUGCCACCGGAUAAAGCAAAGCUACUCCGAAACUAUGAUGACGAAAAGAAAUGGGACAUGGUAUGCGAUCAAGAAAGGGUGCAGGCAAAGGAUCCGCCCUCACAUUACUUGAGUAAACUGCGAACAUAUUUGGACCCAAAGGCCUCACGGAGUCAUCGGCUUUACCUCUUCUACUUUCUUUGUCAGAAACGGAAAAUGGUCGGCGAGUCCACGUCCACCCAGGUGCUUCGGGAUCUGGAGAUCUCGCUGCGCACCAACCACAUUGAGUGGGUGAAGGAGUUUCUGGACGACACGAACCAGGGUCUGGAUGCCCUGGUCGACUAUCUCAGCUUCCGGCUGCAUAUGAUGCGGCACGAGCAGCGCCUCCAAGGUGUCCUGUGUGCCUCCGAGGAGCGCUUGAAUCUCACCAGCGUCGGCGAUGGCGGCGAGAUGGUGCUGGGCACCAGCAGUUCCAUUAGUCCCGGCGGACCAGGUGUUGCGCUGUCCCAUGGGGGCAGUGCAGGUCAUGGCCUCGGCAACGGCUCCCUACUGCUGGAUGCCAGGCAGCAGCACGGCCAGCACCCAGUGUCCUAUGGAUUCCUGCGACCCACCAUUGCCGAUGCCCUCGACAGUCCCAGUUUGAAGCGGAGGUCACGGCACAUCGCCAAGCUGAACAUGGGCGCCGCCACGGACGACAUCCAUGUGUCCAUUAUGUGCCUGCGUGCCAUCAUGAACAACAAGUACGGCUUCAACAUGGUCAUCCAGCAUCGCGAGGCCAUCAACUGCAUUGCCCUGAGUCUCAUCCACAAGUCGCUGAGGACGAAGGCCCUGGUCCUGGAGCUCCUGGCGGCCAUCUGUCUGGUCAAGGGCGGGCACGAGAUCAUUUUGGGCUCGUUCGACAACUUCAAGGAUGUGUGCCAGGAGAAGCGGCGCUUCCAGACCCUCAUGGAGUACUUCAUGAACUUCGAGGCCUUCAACAUCGACUUCAUGGUUGCGUGCAUGCAAUUCAUGAACAUUGUGGUUCACUCGGUCGAGGACAUGAACUACAGGGUGCAUCUGCAGUACGAGUUCACUGCGCUGGGCCUGGACAAGUAUCUGGAGCGGAUUCGACUGACAGAGUCGGAGGAGCUGAAGGUACAGAUCUCCGCCUAUCUGGACAACGUUUUCGACGUGGCCGCCUUGAUGGAGGACUCCGAAACGAAGACCUCAGCCCUGGAGCGAGUCCAGGAGCUGGAGGAUCAGCUGGAGCGAGAGAUCGAUCGCAACUCGGAGUUCCUCUAUAAGUAUGCGGAACUGGAGACCGAGAACCUCACGCUGAAGACGGAGCGAGAGCAGUUGGCCAUGAUUCGCCAGAAGCUGGAGGAGGAGCUGACCGUCAUGCAGCGCAUGUUGCAGCACAACGAGCAGGAGCUGAAGAAGCGGGACACACUGCUGCACACGAAGAACAUGGAGUUGCAGACGCUUAGUCGCUCCUUGCCACGAUCCGUGUCCAGUGGCGAUGGUUCUUUGGCAAACGGCAAUCUCCUGGCUGGAGCAUGUUCUGGGGCAGCCUCGCUAGCGCUGCCGCCGCCCCCGCCUCCUAUGCCCGCCUCACCGACUGCAAUGUCAGCUGCUCCUCCACCCCCACCGCCGCCAGCACCACCGGCCCCACCACCACCGCCCAUGAUGCCGGGCUUCAGUCCACUGGGUAGUCCGAAUGACAGUCUCACCUCGACGGUGGCGUCGCCACCACAUGACCCACCCAUGCUCAGCUCCUUCCAGCCACCGCCGCCUCCGGUGGCCGGCUUUAUGCCCGCUCCCGAUGGCGCUAUGACCAUCAAGCGCAAGGUGCCCACCAAAUACAAGUUGCCCACCUUGAACUGGAUAGCAUUGAAGCCCAACCAGGUGCGUGGCACAAUUUUCAACGAGUUGGAUGACGAAAAGAUCUUUAAGCAAAUCGACUUCAACGAGUUUGAGGAGCGGUUUAAGAUCGGCAUUGGCGGCGCCUUGCGCAAUGGCAGCAAUGGAACCGAGGUCGAUGGCUCGCUGCAGUCCAGCAAACGCUUCAAGAGGCCCGACAAUGUCUCGCUGCUGGAGCACACGAGGUUGAGAAACAUUGCAAUCUCUCGUCGCAAGCUGGGUAUGCCCAUUGACGAUGUCAUCGCUGCCAUCCACAGUCUCGACCUCAAGAAACUCUCGCUGGAGAACGUCGAGCUGCUGCAGAAGAUGGUGCCCACGGAUGCCGAGGUCAAGUCCUACAAGGAGUACAUUAUCGAGCGCAAGGACCAGCAGCUGCUCACCGAAGAGGACAAGUUCAUGCUGCAGCUAUCGCGAGUGGAGCGCAUCUCGUCCAAGCUGGCCAUCAUGAACUAUAUGGGCAAUUUUGUCGACAGCGUUCAUCUCAUUAGUCCGCAAGUGCAAUCUAUAGCAGGAGCUUCCACUUCUCUUAAACAAUCGCUGAAAUUCAAGGCUGUUUUGGAAAUAGUUCUGGCCUUUGGCAAUUAUCUCAACAGCAAUAAGCGGGGACCGGCCUACGGCUUUAAGCUGCAAUCGCUGGAUACGCUGAUUGAUACGAAAUCCACGGACAAGCGAUCGUCGCUGCUGCACUACAUUGUGGCCACGAUUCGGGCCAAGUUCCCGGAGCUGCUGAACUUCGAAAGCGAGCUGUACGGGACGGAUAAGGCGGCAUCGGUGGCCCUGGAGAAUGUGGUGGCCGACGUUCAGGAGCUGGAGAAGGGCAUGGAUCUGGUGCGCAAGGAGGCCGAUCUGCGGGUGAAGGGUGUCCAGACGCACAUUCUGCGCGACUUCCUCAACAACAGCGAGGAUAAGCUGAAGAAGAUCAAGAGCGACCUGCGGCACGCGCAGGAGGCCUUCAAGGAGUGCGUGGAGUACUUUGGCGACUCCUCGCGAAAUGCCGAUGCGGCUGCCUUCUUUGCGCUGAUCGUGCGCUUCACAAGAGCAUUUAAGCAACACGAUCAAGAGAACGAGCAGCGGCUGCGACUGGAGAAGGCGGCUGCGUUGGCCGCCUCCAAGAAGGAGAGCGACCAGGUGCUGAUGCGCAACAAGGUCAACCAGAAGAAGCAACAGUUGCCCUCAAAUGGCGCGUUAUCCUUGCAGGACGCGGUCAUAAACGAGCUGAAGAGCAAGGCGCACUCGGUGCGCGAGAAGAAGCUGCUGCAGCAGGACGAGGUAUACAACGGAGCCCUGGAGGACAUCCUGCUCGGACUGAAGAGUGAGCCGUACCGGCGGGCGGAUGCAGUGCGGCGGUCGCAGCGCCGGAGGAUCGACAAUAAUCGCCUGUCGCGAACGCUGGAGGAGAUGGAUAGCUAGACAGGAAAUCGAGAUCGACGGAACGAUGGAACGACGACGACGACGACGACGACGGGGCAAAGGCAACGAAUCGAAAAUCAAAAUUCACACUGAAACAAAAACAGAAACAGAAACGGAAACGGAAAAGAGAACAUUACAGAUACUGCAAUAUGUGAUUGGGCGAUUAAAUUGUUUUCGAAACACUCGUACACAUACACACCUCACAUUCCCUUCCAUACGAAUCCCUUUUUUUUCGAAUAUUUUCCAAUUUAAUUUUAAGUUGAGCCGGAUACGGCUUACCGUAUCCCAGAAUCCCAAUCCUCAACGGAACAUUUAGCACCGACAACCACAAGCACAACCUAACAUCCCUUCUGUGAAUCUCGCCUUAAAUUUUGAGAGACAUUUUUUAUCGCCAAAAUUUUGUUUGUAAAAAUGCAUUUUAAUUUGGUUGCUUAGAGCUUAAGUUGAACUUGAAAAUUCGAAUGGUGUAUUUAUCAAAUUUUUAAUUGUUAAAUAAUGAUUUAAAUUUUAAUCUGUGUACAUAUAUAUACAUACAUAUAUAUCGACUAUAUAUGUGCUAUUUAAUUUUAUUUUAUUUUUUAUAUUUGAAUUACUUGCUGCAUCCAUCCGAGAUGCCAAAUCCGCAUGAAUAUGGAGAAUCAAACUCCGCUACUUUAACUAUUGUAUUUUUUAGUAAGUCAAAUAAGCAAUGAAUUGUAUGAGAAGAGAGUAUAAUGCAUUAAACUUUUGUAUAUUUUCCUAUUUAAAUUAUCGGCUUAUAUGUUAUUAUUGUGUUUUUCACUCCGCACACAGCCAGCAACGAAAACCCAAACAAAGCGCCAAAAUAUUGCAUGCCAGAAAAUAAAAUCAUUUUUAGAAUGUUUUACACUUAAAGAACUACACAUUUUAUAAAAUUUUAUUAGAAUUUUUAUACAAAGGAUAUAUAAAACUAUACAAAUAGAUAUUCCAUUUAUAAGCCAAUAUAUAUUCUCACGAGCCACAACAAAUUGACGAAGACUGAUAUGGAGCAGUUUACUAUAAAGCAGCAGUUAAAACACGCAAAAUAUAAUUAUUGAAAAGCUUUUGUAAUCUCUUUUGGAUAGUGUCUUCUCUCGAUAUAUACUUAGAUAUAUAUUUAAAAUGCAAUAACGAAUUUAGUUGAACUAUAAGCACAGUUUUAUUGUAUUAACAUAUUUACAAGUGCCAUCGGCAUCCUUAUGCAUAUCCUUUAAAUAUCUUCUUCUCUUUAAUUUGCCAAAAGAAAGAAAUAGCGCAAAAUAAGACCAGGUCGCAGCGUUUUAAAGCAAACAUACACGAUUAGCACGCUCUGCAUUGUUAGUUCUUAAAUAUUGUGUUAUUUAAUUUGAUAAGACGCCAGCAUGGUAUACGACGAACGAAAGAGAAGGAAAUCUAUAUAUAAAUAUAAAAUGCCGGAUUUUUUGUACACACAUUUACACGACUAUAUUGAACACUCGAACUAUUUUAAAUAAAUUAUUAUUAACCCAAUAAACUAGCCAAAACAA